AUGAAGCUGAAGGUGCAUGCUGAUCGAAUGUCCCAGCCAUCCCGUGCGAUUCUCAUAUUUUGCAAAGUGAAUGGAAUAGAUUUUGAGGAGAUCACAAUCGAUUUAUCCAAGCGUCAGCACCUAUCUCCCGAAUUUCGAGCGAUUAACCCUUUAAGGAAAGUCCCUGCAAUUGUUGAUGGAAGGUUCAAGCUAUUUGAGAGUCAUGCAAUUCUUAUAUAUCUUGCUUCUGCGUUUCCAGGAGUUGCAGACCAUUGGUACCCAGGUGAUCUUUCCAGGAGAGCAAGAAUUCACUCUGUGUUAGAUUGGCAUCAUCAGAACUUGCGUCGUGGGGCAGCUGGAUUUGUUCUAAAUACUGUGCUAGCUCCAAUAUUGGGUCUACCACUGAACCAACAAGCAGCUGCUGAAGCUGAGAAAAUUUUGAUUUCAUCUUUGACAAAAAUAGAAAACAUUUGGCUUAAGGGGAAUGGACAGUACUUGCUUGGUGGCUUACGACCAUCCAUUGCAGAUCUCAGUCUGGUUUGCGAAAUUAUGCAAUUAGAGCUUUUAAAUGAGAAGGACCGUGAUCGUAUUCUUGGCCCACACAAGAAAGUUCAGCAGUGGAUUGAGAGCACAAGAAAUGCAACGAGGCCUCAUUUUGAUGAAGUUCAUAAAAUCCUUUAUAAGCUCAAAACGAAGCUUUAUGAGCAGCAAGCUAAUCAGGCAGAUAGCGUGACGGAAUCUAGGAUUAGAACCCCUCUAACUUCAAAGAUGUGA